GGAAGAUGGUGGACUUCAUGACAGCAGCGUGCUCAAAACUCCGUCCUAAACACUUUGAAAACUCCUCUCUGUCUCAACCUGGUGUUAGAUAUAGAUUACCCGUGGAUAACCACAGAUAAUAGUCGGUGAGAACCUUGGAGGAAAUUGACUUUUCCUCUCCAGACAACUCGAUUUCUCAGUGUAAAGAGGGCGGAGAGUUGCGGAACGUGGUGGCGGUUGGUGUUGGAGAAGGACGCUAGUAGUUGCCUUUAGCUCAAGUGUCAACACAAGUGUGAACCGGCAUUUUCUGGAGUUUUUCCACCCAUAUAAGCCACGGAGGUCACCCUGCGGUGGCUGCUGCCUCCUCCAUAUCAGCUGUGUAAAAUCUGUGAGGAGCGGACUGUGCAGUUGGACUGAAAGUAGGCUAACUUCAGCUAGCCAAUUCCAGCUAGCUUUGUUGUGAACUGGUGGAUCGAAGCGCUGCGCGAAAUGCCACGGAGUAAAAAGGGGAAACGUGGCUCCGGUAAAUCGGGCUCUCUACGUCAGGAGGUUCUUCAGCUGCAGCUGUCGGCUAAAACACCUCUGAAAGGUGUUAAAAAUGGGGUGAAAGGGGAGUCGGGUGCCAGUGAUGAUGAGCUGACAUCUGAUAUACUUAGCCACUGCAGCAGUGCCAGUGAAACGGCUUCGGUUUUGGAGGAUGUCACAGCAGGUGAGCAGGUGGAUGAGCUGACUGCCCAAGAAGAAACGGAAGACAAACUCAAACAGUGUAUAGACAACCUGAUGGAUAAAAGUGCUAAGACUCGUCUUGCUGCCCUCGAGUCGUUGCGUCAGGCCUUCUCCUCCAAAGUACUGUACGAAUUUCUCACAGAGAGACGCCUCACCAUCAGUGACUGCUUGGAAAGAAGCAUCAAAAAAGGCAGUGGAGAGGAGCAGGCGGCAGCGGCUUCAGUCUUUGCGCUGCUCUGUAUCCAGCUGGGCAGUGGGGACGAGGCAGAGGAGGGCUUCAAGAUGCUUCGCCCCUUUCUCACUGCCAUCCUCAUUGACAACGGUGCCAGCAUAGUAGCCCGUCAGAGUUGUGCCAGAGCUCUGGGGAUGUGCUGUUAUGUGUCUGCUGCUGAAGACGGAGAGGACUUGAUCAAGUCCCUGGCUCUUCUGGAGAGCAUAUUCAUGUCUUCCUACCCCAACAGAGAGGGGGCGCUGCCCACACCUAAACCUGGGAGUGCAGGCCUUUACAGCGCUGCACUGCAGGCCUGGGCACUGCUGGUCACACUCUGUCCCGCAUCCAGACUGACCGUGCUGCUUGACAUUCACCUCCCCAAACUUCAGGCGUGUCUAGAGAGCGUUGACGUCAACUAUAGGAUCGCAGUGGGAGAGACGAUAGCCCUGCUCGUGGAGCUGGGCCGAGAAAUAGACGAGGGAUUUCAGGUGGAGGACAGUGAAGGUCUGUGUGAGUGUCUGAAGAGUUUAGCGACCGACGGCAACAAACACCGAGCCAAGAACGACCGGAGGAAACAGCGCUCCAUCUUCAGAGAGGUGCUACAUUAUAUAGAGAGCGAGGACUUCACCGAGGAGAAGAUCCGGUUCGGAGUGGAGAGCGUUUACAUCGACGGCUGGAUGAGGAGAAGAAUCUAUGACGCGUUCAAAGAGAUCCUGGAGUCUGGAGUCAGACACCACCUACAGUUCAACCCACUAUUGAGAGACAUCUUUGGGCUCGGCGCCCCCCUCAUCUUAGACGCGACUAUCAAAGCCAACAAAAUCUCCAGGUUUGAAAAGCAUCUUUUUAACUCGGCUGCUUUCAAGGCCAGGACAAAACAAAGGAGCAAAGUCAGGGACAAGCGGGCUGACGUGAUGUGAGACUGGAGGGUCAGGAGGACGUGAAGGGAUAAAUAAAAGGAGGGAAUCUGUGGGCCGUGCUGAGAUGGAUACAAAAAUGAUGCCUUCAAUGCUUCAGCUGUCUCUCACACACACAGAGACACACACACAGACACACACUCACUCUGCAGAUCCAUAACAGGAUCUGAAUUCUAGACGGCCACUAUUGUAAUUGGGAACAAUUUUGUUGUUUUUUGCAGAAAAUGGGGUUAAUCAUUGCUGACAGUAUUUUCCACAGUGAAAAUUUUAAAACCAGUCAAACAUUUCAAAACAUUCACUGAAAACCUCUUUGGUGCUGAUGUUUAUUGUUGUCGCUCCAGCUACUGCCCCCCCAAAAAAGCCCACCCACUCCCCUUGUUGUGUUUUCACACGUCGGUCUCGGUUUAUCUU